AUGAUGUGGAUCUCGGAGGGUAAAAAGUCACCGAUGGUGGGUCGGUUUUACCCGCAUGUAGUCGGUUUACAGUACCAAAUCCGAAGUGGUCAGAAGUACUCUCUGCUGGUGGAUUCAGGUUGGGUCUCUGUGUUACCGCCGGUUGAGUCAAUUUUGGUUACCAUUGGUGACAUUGCUCAAGUGUGGAGCAAUGGGAAAUUUAAAAAGGUGAGAGGAAGGGCAGUGGCAUGUUUGGGAGAGGGUGAGUGUCGGUGCAUAUCAAUGUCGCUGUUGGUGACUCUUCCUAUAGACAGUACCAGUAGAGUGGGUCCUCUUGUUCCAAUAUCAGCCGUUGAUGGUGGUCAUGAUGAGGAUAGAAAUGACAGAGAUGAUGAUGAUGGUGGAGAUCAAAACUUGAAUGGGAAGAGUGACGGUGAGAAGGAAGGAAGGUUGUUUAAGUCAUUUUCUUUGGAAGACUAUGCUUGGAGAGUGUACCACGAGCGGCUCUUUCUCAAAGACCCCUUGGAUAGGUACCGUUUUAAUUAA